CCUUGCCGUGGCCCACAGGAACGGGAGACUGAGCCAGGAGAAGGACCCUGCGACCAUUCACUUAGGCUCAUUGCAUUCAAGGGCUUUACCUGCAUCUCCUUUUGACCCCUCGAUACCAUUGUGAGCCCUGCUUUUCAGCUUCUCUUCCACCCCGACAUCUCUCUCUCUCUUUCGCACACUCCCCCGCCCUGUCCUGUGCAGAGCCCCACUCAGCUCAGCCCCCAUCGCACGUUCCCAGGUGCCCAUCAAUCGUUUCUUGACCACUCUUACGGCGACAAGACCUGUACUCGUACCUCCUUCAGAGAGCCACGCUCAAACGACUCCGGAAGAAAGCACUUUUCUUCGAAGCAGAGACCUGACCGCACAAUGGCAUCGCCGCGGAGCCACGCGAGGACAGUGUAUGCUCCUCAGUCAUCACGCACCUUUCUCACUUUGGUGCUUCAAUUGCUGAUAGUCCUGCUAGCGUACUGCACCUCGGCAGUCACCGCUCAGGUCAACUCGGUCACCCAAUCAGCAACGGUAGCAGCCUCGACUACAACGUCGAGUGUGUCCAUUGCUUCAACCGCCGCCGCCGGUGGUCUGACAGUCACCCUGCCCAACGAGACGGCCGAUGCUUCCUACUACAAGAUUGCCCCAGCAGUCAAUGUCACCUUUGCCUGGAAUUUCACAUCAGUCCUCUCCUAUGGUACUUCGCUGACCAUACAAGCAUACUGCACUAGCAACUCCAACACAUAUACCAUUACGAGCCUACCAGCUACAGCCACGCAAGUCAUCUGGAAUCCAUAUAGCUACAGCGUAUCUGCCGUAGCAAGAGGGUCAGCAGCACUGGUGCAAGAAACGUACCGGCUGCAGAUCUUCGAUGAGAGGGGCUUGGAUGCAGCUAGUAGCCCGGGAUUGAUGAGCCCCAAUGAGGACACGGACUUUGCGCUGUAUAUUCCACAAAGCUAUACAGCCUUGGCUGAUGGCUGGACAUGCACGGGGUGCAAGAGUGGGGCGAGCGGCCUUCAUGCAUCGCCACUGUUGCUGGGCGUAGUCACUGUCCUACUCACAACAUUCUUGUCUGGCUGGUCGAUCUGUACCAGAGCAUGAACUUAGGCGUGGAGAGGCUCGAGGCUCAGUGGAGGGAAGCUUGGACCUGGCGUGUGCCUACCUGAGGACCUGUACUACCAUGGGAUGCGCUUUGACCCCCCGUCAUUGGUGCCAUUCUUGAUGAUUCCCACUACUUGCACCAACUCGUCUCCCUCUACGAGGAUCUUGACCUCUACGCCCAAUGUACAAUUCUUCGAUUGAUCAUUUCGUUGCCAAC